AUUAGAGGGAGGCGGAGAGCGAGCGCUCCUCGCCUCUCCCCCGGUUCCUGACGUGGUGCUCGGGGCCCUUCACUCUCGGACUUUCCUCUCGGCGCUUCCAGGCCUCGCCCGGAGGCGGCAGUGGGGACGGCGCCCGGGGCGGGGGGCGCCGGUGCGGAGGGGCUGCGCGGGCCGCGGCUGUGAAGGUGCCGCGGCGUCUGGGGAACUCGGCGCGGCGCUAGGGCUCGGGCGGCGGGGACGCGACGGGAUGGCUGCGGCCGGCGGCGGCGGGGCGGCGGCGGGCCGAGCCUACUCGUUCAAGGUGGUGCUGCUGGGGGAAGGCUGCGUGGGUAAGACGUCGCUGGUGCUGCGCUACUGCGAGAACAAGUUCAACGACAAGCACAUCACCACCCUGCAGGCAUCAUUCUUAACAAAGAAGUUAAAUAUUGGUGGGAAGAGAGUAAAUCUUGCUAUAUGGGAUACAGCAGGUCAAGAGAGAUUCCACGCAUUGGGUCCAAUUUACUACAGAGAUUCAAAUGGAGCUAUUUUAGUUUAUGAUAUAACAGAUGAAGAUUCUUUUCAGAAGGUUAAAAACUGGGUGAAAGAAUUACGGAAAAUGUUGGGAAAUGAAAUCUGUUUAUGUAUAGUAGGUAAUAAAGUAGACUUGGAGAAGGAGAGACAUGUUUCCAUUCAAGAAGCAGAAUCGUAUGCAGAAUCUGUGGGAGCAAAACAUUAUCACACUUCAGCCAAACAGAACAAAGGAAUUGAGGAACUCUUUCUUGACCUUUGUAAAAGAAUGAUAGAGACAGCACAAGUGGAUGAGAGGGCAAAAGGCAAUGGCUCCAGUCAGCCGGGAGCUGCAAGGCGAGGUGUACAGAUUAUUGAUGAUGAACCUCAAGCCCAGAGCGUUGGUGGAGGGUGCUGUUCUUCUGGAUAACUGUUCACCCCUAAGAAAGUGAAAAAAACAAACUGUGGAUCAUUGCCCUCAACAUGAAGACUGCCAUAUUCCAAGUCACAUUAUUUUACCGAUGGAGUUACAGAAUUAACAGUAUUUUAAAUUACGUUUAUAACUGCAGAGACCUUAAGUGCUAAACUUAGUGGAGUUUGUGACCAGAGAAUUGGCAUUUUCUACAAAUGUUAACAAAGCAAUUACCAAUGGCCUUUUUACAUAUUUUUUUCUUUAAUAAGAAAUAAUAUGCAUGUAGAAAAGACCUACUUAAAGGCUUCAUUUAUAUUCUUUUAAAUCAAAUCUUUAUUUAAUAACUUAUAUAUGUUGUUGGAAUGGUAUACAUUUUUGCAGUCCUUUGUAUUUUGUGGUAGUUUGAAUUGUAUCCCUUCUAAACAGCAUACUGUCUUUUGUUUUCUUCUUCUUUUUUUUUUUAAUUAGCAGAUACCUGAAGUACUAUUUUUGCAGGGUUUGCACAGGCCCCUAACUGUCUACUACACUUUGAUAUAAUCUAUAUACAUCCUGUAUGCUGAGCUGGUAAAAUACAAUGUAAAAUUACAUAUUAAAUAUUUUAUCUGCUUUUACAAGUGCAAGGUGCAAAAAUAUAUACAGUAGUCUCAUUGAUGACUGUAAAGUGAAUUAACAUUUGGUGAUAAUGCCUAAGCUUUUUGACUCUGAUAUAAAGGUCAUAGCUCCCCUUCACUUCUGUCUUAAUUUGAAAGUGGCGUGUUUCAAGUUUCUCAUAUAUACUUUACUUGAAUUAUUGCUGUUAUCACGUUUUUCGCCUCUAAAUCCAUCUGAUCAUUGAGCAACAGCAUUUGCCUUUGGGUUUUGGGUUGUUUUGUUCUUUUGUGGGGUUUGCGGGGUUUUUUGUGGGGCAGGGAUAAAAGAGAUGACUUCUGCCGUUUUUGCUUUAGAAUGGUACCUUAGAAGUAUUUGAAGAGCAUGCUGAGUUUCACUUCUGCGAAGCUUUAGUUUUUCUCUUAGGCUUUAUAUGAAAUGGAUUCACUGGUAUGAGAAGAGAGGAGGAAGCCCCAGAUAGUAGCCGCUCACCAAGACUUUUACACAGCAGCAUGUUAGUGGUGGUUUCUGCUCCCGAGGCAGCGCUUCUAGAUCCUUCCUAAGCAAAUCGUAUUUGUUCAUUGCUUGCCAGAGAUAAACACAGAAAGUUUUGUUUCAUUUUGUAAGCGCUAUCCUUCUGAGUUUCUUUGAAGGGAAACAUUUCAUGUAAUGCAGUUAUAGCAAACACUGGAAAGAUUUAUUAUAAAAUUAUAUUCUUGUAUACUUUGUAAAUUAGUCUCACUAGGUUUUUUUUUCCUUAAGCAUAAGACUAAACUUAAAUUUGUUAAUUUUAAUAGAAUCAGGCACAGGAAGAACACAAAUUGUGUAAAUUAACAUAAAUUGUUCUUGUUCUAAUAUAUAUAUUUUUCCAUUUCUGUCAUGCUUGGAAAACUAGUAAAUGUUAUGUCUAAGAUAAAAUGAAAUGGUCCCUGGAUUUACUUCUUACAAGAAGCAGUAGUAUCCAAUAAAGUUGUUAGCUUGAACACUUAAGAGAAUAUAAAGAAGUUAUAGUUACUAAAAAAGUAACUUUCCCAAAUGGAUUAAAGUUGAAUGAAUUGCCAUCUUGAUGUUAUGAUAUUGCAAUUUUAACUUAGUAUUAAGUAUUCUAUAAGUCUGCAUUUUUACCCUCUUUAAUUAUUAAUCUCUGUCACACCCUCACACGGCUUCUCUGUUGUGUGUGUUGAGGGAGGGUGGGAUGGAAAGAGUUGCCUGGAAGAUAAGCUAAAAUUGUCCUCUUUUAUGGGAUGAUCAUACUCUGUGUAGUUUCUUGGUUUCCUGGAGGGAGGCAGGGGGAAUUCUGAGUACAGAUACUGGAACAAAUUGGUUUCCUGGAGGGAGGCAGGAGGAAUUCUGAGCACAGAUACUGGAACAAAUCAUUUUCCUGGAGGGAGGCAGGAGGAAUUCUGAGCACAGAUACUGGAACAAAUCGUUUUCCUGGAGGGAGGCAGGGGGAGUUCUGAGUACAGAUACUGGAACAAAUCGUUUUUGCCUUCCUGGUUAUUUUGUCUGUAGGGAAAGUCUUGGCUGUAGAUGUAGUGGGAAAUAAGCUUUUCUCCAUUGGAGUGAAGUAUGUUUUUAAAACUAAUUAGAGGUGAAAUUGAGGUUUAUUUAAAAAAGUAAAAUCAAAAGUCA